GCAAUUCAAACAUCAAACAAAACAUAACAUAUUAGAUACAAAAAAGAAAAACAUAAGACAAACAUGGCAAAAUUCAACAUCAAGAUGGCUAUGUUCUUCGUUGUUGUAGCUAUGGUUCAUGCAAUUGUACCAAUCUCAGCCAUUGAAGAAGGUGAACCCAAGCAACUUUGGGAUGGUUGUCUCACCAAAAUGACUCCGAAGUGUACAUUAGAUAUUGUCGAGACCGUCUUUUGGAAUGGUACCGUCUCGGAUGCUUGUUGUGAUGAGCUUGUUCAAGAAGGUAAAGUGUGUCAUGACAUACUUAUCAAAUACAUGGCGGAUCGACCGAGUUUCAUUGUUCGCGGAGCUGAAUAUUUGAAGAAGAGAGAUGAUGUAUGGAAUCACUGUGCUUCCAUCUCUAUGUCUGAUUAGGAUAGUCUAUCUCAAAAUAAAUACAUUGUCUUGAAUGGAUAAACUAUAUCUUUUUCUUUUUACAUUUUGAAUUGUACUUGUUUCUAAUCACUUAAAUAAAUCGACAAAAUUUGAUAACAUAUGAUUAACGAAAAAUCCAUUAUGAAUGGAUUUUUGAGUGAAUACCAAAUUUACCAUUAGUGAAGCCCACAAUUUGAACAAGAGACUAAAAGACUCGCAAUACACUGAUUUAUCAUUUUCUCAAUGGGUUACAUCAUGAAUGAAUUCAAAGUUUUCCGCAAAUUCCGUUUUUAGUUUGUUGGUUAAUUUUCAAUAAGGUGAUCAAUAGGGCCCGGAAGGUUUCAGGCUCAAACUCAGGCCGACUCGAUUUUUUUCGAGCCUAUAUAGUUAAACCUGAAAUUCGACCCGCGUCGGUCCGAUAAUUCCCUUUGUAAAUAUAUUUUUUUCUUUUUUUUCAAAAUAUUGGAAUUUCGGAUCAUCCGAUUUGAGUCCAAAGCCCGAUUCAAGUCCGACCUAAAAGCCUGGAAACUUCGACCCGCUUAUUUUCAGGCUAGGUCGGAUCAAGCUUUGGGCCUAAUUUGACACCCCUAAUUUUCAACCUAAGCUCCUUCGUUUCUUGUUCUUAUGUUUGGUUCUAUCUACGUUUCUCACGGCAUAUGUUGGAAUACUGAAGAGUGAACACCUAAAAAUCAUCUGGUUUGUUGGUUAAAAAUUGUCUAUGCAUGCACACAUAUAGACAAACUUAAACCCGUAUAUACAUGCAUGUACACGUAUACAUAUACACACACAAAUAUACACGCAGUUGCGGGAUAACCAAUCAUGCCCCAUAAUUUAUCUGAAUUCAUAUACGGAUCUUGGGCCAAUAGGGGAAAAGGCAAAACCAAAUGGAAAACGGAUGGAAAAGAGAGUAACCAAAAAUAAGCAAGGGAAAGGUAAAAAUUCUAUACAAUCUCUUAGGGUUCUCUUCCCCAUAUUGUGAGACAUCUGCAUUUGGCGUAAAACUCCAAACCCUAAUUCUAAACCAUCCUCCUAUGUGAAAACAGCUCAGAAAGAAGACGAGGAAACCGAAAUGAUACAAACUUUUGUAUUACAAGAGCGAAAAAAAUAUCAGGA